UUGAUCAAUUGAAUGACUCCAUUUUGUACAUGAAGGGCAUUGAGUCGUUCAUACCUUAGAGGAGGAGGAGGUAGCGGAUAGAAAACGCGUUCAAGCAAUAAUGGCAGGACCAGAUUCUGGAUCACAACACCAAUUUACAGGAUUAAAGAAAUACUUCAAUAGCUACACAAUAAUAGGCAGAAGAAAUUAUGUGAUACUUACAUACGGAAGUCUUCUAGUGCUCUUCCUUGGAUAUAAAAUGAAGAAACCUAAGGAAAUUUCACACAAAUAAGUUCUUAUUGUUGGACCUUCCUUGUUGUAUUGCUGUCUGUGAGUUGCAGAAGCAGAUGCAGUUCAGUAAAUCAUGAAAAAUGACUA